AUGGCCGUGGUAUCUCGCAUCGCGUGGACUCACCACAAAUCCCUCAAGGACUCGAACUACGCAAACGAACAUACAGUCGAUAUGAACCAUGAUCCCAAAUACAGCUCUUUUCAAUUUGACAACUCCUGGAAGAGGAAGUUGAGUACCAAGCAGAAUAAGGGUCACUGGGUCCCCACUCUCUCUGGCAUGAUCAAGGCUGGGGAUGAAGCCGUCUACAGCUCGUCGCUCUUCCAUCAGCUCGUCGCUCUCCCUGGAGAGAUCACCCUUCAGAUGCUGAAUAAUGCAUUCGCAGAAGAAUUGAAGAAGAAGCCUGCCGCAGCACGAGCCGAGCUUUCACAAGAUAUCGCGAAGUUCAUCUCCGCUACAACUCAUACUCGUAGCCGCAGGAGAUCGCGCGAAUCGUUCGGUCAGGAACCUAAGCAAGAGCCCGCUGGAAGGCAUCGGUCCCGGUCCUCUAUCGAUAUACUGGAGCGAGGCCUCAGUCGCUCAACUUCCAGGUCCAAGAAGUCGAACGACAUCCUCGUCGGCACAUGCAACCCGGUACCGUCAUCCCAAGGGAAGGCGAUCAAUUCCUGGGCCCAUGAUCUCCGUCCAGGGAGUCUCGACGGCAAGUCAAACAUCAUCGUCACUCCACCCGAGCUCGCCGCACUGGCUAUCACUCUUGGUAUCCAACCCGAGUUUAUGCAUGACUUGAGCGGUCAAACAGAACGCAAGAACCCGGUGGUGCACGGCAACGGUGCGUUUGGCAUUUCCAUGCAUGCGGUCCCGACCGUAGACGAACGAUACCAAAUAACUCUCACACAAUUCAAGCGAAAGAUCUCACAGCUUCCCGCGCGUGGAUCCGGCUUCUCGACAUUGUACGCCAAACACCUGGCGUCUGGUUCCCUUCCAUUCCUCCAGGACGAGAGGGCCGUCAACUCCAUCUUGGUCACCGGCGAGACUCUCCAUGCACUCAAAGAGGGUUCGAGUGUCCAUUUCGAACCAUCGUUGUCCGACUCGAAGGCGGCGAACUUCCUUCAAAGUCUUCCAAGCUCCCGACAGUCUCGAUUCUUUGCUCUCGCCCCAUCGACGAACUCAAAUUCCUCGACAUCACUUCUACUCCAUGCCAUCACAGCGAUGCCGUUCAGCGGCGGCCUCGUUCCCAUCGCCUCUGCACCCCUAGUAGAUACUGUGCAAUUCGUUACAUCGGCCGGCCUUCCCGCUGCUCGCCUCCUUCAGCGAUUAGAUGCACUUGUCGACAAGGUCAACCGCCACUCUCCCCAUCUUCAGCUUUUUGGUCCGCUAUUCGAUGACGAAAACGCUGGCCUCCGCGUCCGUGUCGAUGAACGCCUUAACAAGCUCGCCACCGAUCCCACCGCCUCAGAACCCAUCAUCGACAAGGCGGCACGCAUGCACCGCUACACCACGCUCCUAGAACGUCUCAUGGCCCUCGUCCCAGACACCACCCCCGCAGAAGUCCUCAUCGCCGUCCGCGAGGCCCUACAACGGGACAUCGAACACAGCUAUCAAGAUGCCCGAGCCGCCCACAACAACCCCGACAUCGCGACCACAAUGGCCGAAUUCAUGUCCCUCCCCCGUCGCUGCCACCUCUCCAACCCAGCCUCGACCACCACCUCCAUCCCCACGCUCUCCCCCGUCUCAUCGCCAUCGUGCAGCCCCACGACCCCCAAAUCCGGCACCUGGUCCCCGCGCCGAUCCAGCACGACCUUCCCGCCCCACAACCUCGGAAAGCAGGUCGAAUCCAUACUCAAAGCCAGCCUGCCUCUCUCCGUCGAGACUAUCGCAGUCGUGGCGCGCCUCGUGCUCGUCGCGUGGACGCUCAGCGUCGAGCGCGUGGCGUGGGAGGAUAGCGACGAGGGGGUGAGGCUGCCGGCGGUAGAGGAGCUGCCCGAGGUGAUGGCUAUGCGAUGA